AUGUGGGAGCUCGCGCGGUCGUGGACCCCGGGGUUCUGCGCGUCCGGCGGGUCGAGGACGUGCGCGAAGAAAGAGUGCGCGCCGGACGUCGUGGACCCCUCGCUGACGCUGCACGGGAUGUGGCCGUCGUUCUCGAAGCCGGUAGACGCGAGCGACGCGGGGUCGACGCGGAAGUUGUCAUCGCGCGAGACGUCAGCGGCGCUCGCGUCUCGCGGCGGCGGCGGCGGCUGCUUCUGGCCGCAAAACUGCGCGCAGCCGCCGUGGUGGCCGCCCACCGCGCCGUGGGGCUACGACCCCGCGUUGCUGCCGACCGACGAGACGAGCGCAGCGCUCGCCCCCGCGUGGUACGACGACGACUUGGGCGCGCACGAGUGGAGUAAACACGGCACGUGCGCGGCGUGGUCGGACGCGAACGGCGCGGAGAGAGGGCUGGACCAAGAGGCGUACUACGACGCGAUGUUCGAGCUCGCGAAGAAGGAGGGUACGCCGGAGAUGUUACGUAACGCUACGGGAUCGAGCGUUUCGUUGAAAUCGUUACAGGACAUGUUCGCCGCCGCCGGAAAAGUCGCGCUCGGGUGCACGCCAAAGUGCGAGCUCGCGCAAGUCGUGACGUGUUACUCCCGCGGCGGCAAGCACGGCGGACCGGGCGAGCGCGUAGACUGCCCGUGCUUCGGCGUGAGGGACUCGCACUACGACAACAGCUGCGCGGAACUGCACGCGUGCGAGGACGUGAAGGUUUUGUCCGCGGCGCAGACCGGCUGCGGCGGCGGCGGACCUCCUCGGCCGGGGCCGGGGCCGGGGCCGGGGCCGCAUCACAGAACGUGCCGCGACGGCGCGCGGUGCUGCCCCGACAGCGGCUGCCGCAGGUGCUCGCACAGCAGCAGCGGCGGCCACCGUCAUUGCACGGUCGUCAAAGGAGAGUGA